AUGGAGGAGAGGCCUUGCUUUCGAGCACAUGUGAACCAGCUUUGGUCCAUUUGGUACGGACUUGCAGUAACAGCCCUACAAGCCUACAUUGCCUUUAAUUCAGCUAAAAGACUAUUAGAAUGGUUUGAGUAUUCUUGGGAAAAUGAGGAUGGAAAUGAAAUUGAAGCUUCCUUAGUUCUUACAGGAAUAGCAAUACUUCUUCUUCCUAUAUUUUUGGCAGCUUCAGUUUUCAAAGUUGGAAACUGGGCUAAUGAUGGCUACAAACUUGGCCGACACCUCAGUACAUGUUCAAAUGAUAUUACUAUGUCAGCUAGUUCUGGUAUCAAAGCAGUUUGGAAACACGGAGGCCCCACGGCUCCAUUUUUACAUUUGGUAUCAGCCUUUUGUUUACUCCUACCUAAUCUUCUUAUUCAGGCCAAACUCAUUGAAGCAGAUUUACUACCUAAAGAAGAUGUGUGGAAAACCGAUUUAGAUUUUUUAAUUUCAUCAUAUGACGACACAGCAGGCUCUUUGAUUCCUUCUAAUAUGGAAAAUAAUAUAACCAAAACAACACCAGUACCUGUUUCAUCAACCACACCUAUUGCUCAAGGUUUUCUUAUUUUUGCUGGACAAGAUGGUCAUAAAAUUGGACCAGUCACAAUCGAAUUCUUCAAUUAUGCUCUUGCACUUGCAGUUUAUGCAGUGCGCUAUCCAGCUGUAUUCUGGAAUACAAAUAAAUGUUGGGGAGCCAUAUUUUCUUUUCAACUUUUUAUCAAUGGAAUUCAAAAUUUGUUUGUUUAUGCUGGAGUUUGUAUUUUGUAUAAGGUUCAUGUGGUUGGACCAUCAGAAGUAUUAAAAACUUUACCUCUAAAAUUUGGAAAUCAUUUUUUUCUUUUGAAUUCUCAUGUUACUUUAGCGCUUCUUAUACUUACAUCAUGCUUAGUUUUAUCUUCAAGCCUGGUUUUAUAUUUGUAUGGAUAUGGAAGGUACAAUGCGUUUUUGAGUCAUGAAAAAGCAUGCAAGGUUAUUAGUGUUGAAGGAAGAGAAUGGGGUUAUCUCACUCACUGUGCUGCACUAUGUGUACUUCUAGCCAUAACUGUAGUAGAAGGGCCUUUACUGGUUGAUUUGGCGGUUAUAUAUAAAUCUACCUUAGAUAGUUUAGUGCUGUUUUCAGUGAUAGCUGCAGUUUUUCAUUUAUUUAUUUGGGUAGUAUUGUGGCUAAUUUUAACAAUAAAACAAAAUUGGGUUUUUAAACUCCGAGUAACAGUUGGUAAAGCAGCUGUAAAAUCAGCCAGAUCUAUUAAACUCCUUACUGAUGUGGAAUUAUUAUCAUCAUGUGAAGCAUCAGCUCCUUUAUUGGUUGUGGCUAGUGGCAGAACAUAUACUGUAUGUGAUACUUCACCAAAGAAAACAAUUAUUAAUGUCAUUCAUAAAACUGCCAUGGAAAGAAAAGCUCGAAUGCAAGAAAUGAAUCCAACUAAUAAUAAGGAUCAAUUUGAAGAUGAUGAGCAAAUUUAUUGGCUUAGACCGAAACCCUUGUCACCAAAGAAUUCACCUGAUUCCGAAAUUUCAGACCAGAUCAGUUGGCAACGAAAAGCAAUUCAAAAACCAAAAGUUACAUUUGAUCAAAGUGCAAUCACACAUAAGGAUGAUGGUGAUGAUGGGGAUUAUGCAAGACUGAGAGAACUACCGAUUUCAAAUUCAAAAAAUGGUAUUGCUAUGCAAGAUGAAAUAUAUUUAAAAACAUCUGCAUUAAACAAGGUUCAGUAUGCUUCCACAGAAUGUAAAGGUUUGGUUCCUGCUUGUGGGGAUUAUGAAGAUCCUAGUCCUUUAAUUACACCUGAACCAUCUGAUAUACCAAUCCCCCCACCUUCUGAUACUCCAGCUACUCCUAGAUGCCUUCUGCGAGCAGAUUCUGGUAUGCCUCAUGAUCUUACUCCACGAUCAGAUUCAGAAAUCUCUGGAUCUCCUCCUGAUCACUCUGAAACAUCAAGUGGAGUUCACUCAAAUUCAAGUAGAGAAAGUCAUAACACAGGAAAUCAGUCAGGACAGCAAAAAGCUGAAAUUAAUCAGAAUGAAAAACAAACAAACCAACAUUGGAAUAAUGGAAUUUUACAAAGGGAAAUUAAUCCACAAGACACUGGAGAAGUAGUUAUCUGCCGUAGAGUUGAAAAUGAAAACAUACCAGUCCAAAAUAAUCUACAAGACAAAUUUGGUCGAAGUACAAACAUGAAAAUGAUAUCCUUCACUGAUUCUCAGUCAGCUACUCUACCUCAUUUUCCAACUCAGCAAGUUGGUGUUCCUUACCCUCAUUGUUCCACAAUGCCCUUGCCUCCAGUCAUUCCUCCUCCGAUAAUUCACGCACCAUGUAAUUACCCAAGGCACACAACUAUUCCUUCUCACCAUAAUGGAGUGCGUUUGUUUACACCUAAUAUAUAUGGGAAUAGGGCAGUUGUGAACAGAUAUCCACAACAUCACAGUUUUCCCCAGUUAAUGAGUCCACUCAAAUUUAAUUUAAAGCAUAUCUCAGAAAGAGAUUCAGCAAACUUUUCUAUGGCUUCAAGUGGUGACGGAGAAAUGUAUCGCUCAUAAACUAGAAGUUUAAUUUCUAACCAAUUAUUCUUCUUUUUUUAGUAAAUGCCUAAGAAUCAGUUUCUACAUGUGUAAAAUUUAACUUUAUAUUUUGCAGCAAUAAUACCAUUCCAUUUUUUAUCAAUAUUUAUUCAAAUGAUGAGGUUGAUAUCAGCUUUUAAAAUCCCAAUUAAAAAAUAUUUGCGAUUUUUGCAUUUAGCUAGGAUCAAAUGUAUGUACUAGACUUAUUUUAUAUGUUUUUCAUUCAUCUAUUAUUUUAUAAUUUAUUUAGAUAAUGAAUAAAUGAAACUCAAUGAAUGAAAAAUCAAAAGGUUACACCGUCCAAAUUUUUACUUUAAAUCUUUUUUAAAUAUUAUAUUACUACAGAUAAAUAAGUCUGGUACUUCAUUUAAAAUUAUCAUAAUUUUUUUAUGAAAAUUGUAGCAUUUUAUAAAUUAAUCUCAGUAAUUGAUAUGAAAUCUUGCAAUUUUAUAUUUCAAAUAUUUCUACAAACAUACACAAAACAAUAAAAAUGACAAUAAAUUAAUAAUAAACAUAGAUAAUUAAUACCAUUUUCUAAAAAAAGAAAGAAAAAAAAAGAUAAUGCAGCUGGUAAUUUUCAUCAAAAUUUGCCACUUGAAAGGGUGCACAUAUUUACACUAUUUCUUUUUGUAGAAAAGGUUUAUUAAAACAUAUCAUUUUCAUAUAUUUUCUUUACAAAUAAAUUCAUAAUGCUAUUCUGAAUGUAAAUAAAUAUUUAAUCAAUGGAAACAAAAUCAGAAGAUAAUUAUUUAAUUAUUAUGUGUUAUUGUUGUCUAAUUAUUUCAUUAUUCCUAUUUCUGAGAUGUGCAAUCUUUGAUCUUCUAAGCUGAUGAUAUAUUGUGAUAUACCGUUGAUUAAAUAUUGAAAUUUCUACUCAGACCUAAAUCCCACUUAUAUGUUCUUCUUGUUAAACAAUAAAAUAAAUGUAAUAUAAACUGUCUAAAAUAAUCUAAAACACUAUUUUUUU